AUCAUGAGCCACCAUGGCCAUCUUCUAGUGUCCUUGUAAAUUUAGUCUGAGGCCAAAUUUACACUGGCAGGACACUGCAGCUGCUUUCAAAUUGACGCAUGUCAUGUUUAAAAAGGCAUGGACCUCAGCUGCUAACUCUUCAGUCACUCAAGUUUUAAAACCUUUGCGCACUUUCAUCUAACUUUGAGCAUCGAGGUUUCACAUCUUACGACUUUAUUCAUCGACCAUCAUGCGUUUUGCUGCCCUUGUCGCUUUUGUCGUCGUUGCGUCGACUGUCCCUGGUCUUGCCGCUCCUGCUGGAAACUCUCACCCACAGGUUACUUCCAAACGUGACGACUCCAUUGCCGUGGGCGUGCACUUUAAAAAAUCCCCGGACGAGGUCAUAGAUGGCUCUGGGUCUCUAGGGGACGUGGUCUUGGGGAGAACCAAUAGCAACAACACCAAACGUCAAACGACCAGACGUCCGCGUCAAGCGGGGUGGAGCACCGUUACGGUAAACGGUGAACACUGAUCGCACAGCAGCAACGAGGAAGAGCGUAUGAUUCUGGUGGCGGUAGGGAACUGACUAGUACUGAUCUAAAUGGGGGGUGCGCGAUAUGUAACCAAAUAUCUGAUAAUAAGACGCGGUGUCCAAUC